AUGGCCUCGGCGCCGACGGCCGCUGGCCCAUCCCCGACGUGCCCCCAUUGGCCUGCGCUAGCCCGUCCAAUCACCGGACCGGGCGGGGGCAUCCCCGAUGGCCAGCGCCAUGACGUCACGCCUUGCUUGCAUAGCGCGAUUCGCCGCCCUUGGCCGCCCUCUCCCCCACCCUCACAUGCAGUCCCAGCCCUCCCCCGACGCACCCGCACCCGACAGCCCUCGCGCGGUCACCGCACAGCCCCAGCCUGCUCAGCCCAUGCUGCCCAGCCAGGCGUCAGACCCCAUGCGCCUCCGCGGCGGAUGUGUCCCCUGCCCAGUCAGUCUUCUAGCCGUCCCCGCUCCAACUCCGCCACUCACCUCACCUCGGUGCAUCACAGGAUGGCAGUUUCUGCUGGAUCAUCCCCGUUCCCUGCUGCUGCUGCUGCGGCUGCUGAUCACCUCGGCCCCGCACCGGCUCUUCCCGGCAUCCCUUCAUUUCCACUUGCUCACUUACUCUCUUUCUCUCAUAUGUGCUCUUCUCCCUCGGACCCCAUCCAUCUUCUCUGA